UCAAAGUGAUUCUUUUCCAAAUCCGAUGUGGGUUGUGGAAAAGUGAAUCGCACCAAUAGUGAUUUUUUCGAUGUGCCGAGGGUUGAUUUGACCGGAUUCGCGUAUUUUCAAAACAUUGCCCGAAUUUGCGUCAUCUUUUAGUGCUGGUCGCCGCGAGGCGCCGUUUCCUUUCGGCUAAAAAUAGCCCGAACCAUUCUCGCCUCGAUUUUUUUCUGUUGGCAUCAAGCGCUUGCAUAAGUUUCCUCUGCCCGUGUGCGUGAUUACAGAAAAACCUUCUCAUGAUCGUGUAUUCACGGUGAAUCUCCUCCUUCCCAAUGAUUUCGUGUGAUCUGGAGCCGAUACAUUUUCGCCCUUAAAUGUUGGAAAAUCGUCGGUUUUUCACCGUUCGCCAGGUGUAAGAAGGUCCAGGUGUUGUUAGAAGUCCAGCCUUUAAUUGGAUAUAUGUCAACUGUCAGGAUUGUUUAGCGAGAAGAGAAGGAAAAAAAAAGGACACACAAAACAGGCCCAAAAAUGUCGGACGACGACGGAUUUUCCGAGUGUUUCGACGAGCCCAACAUGGAAAUUCAGAUCAAAACACUGUUGGGCACUACCUUCGAUAUCAAAGUGUCGUCCAACGAGACGGUGGCCGACAUCAAGAAGAAAAUUUACAGGGUUGAAGGGAUACCAAUCUAUCAGCAGAACCUCAUCUUUCGGUCUACGGAACUGAAAGACACUAUCAGACUAUGCGAUUCGGGUAUUAUCAAUGGAUCCACUUUGACUUUGGUUGCUUCCAUGAGAGGGGGCCCCAUAUCCACCAGGAGACUAUCGGUGUCCUGCGAUCACUAUCUGUUGAAGGAGCUCAGAGAGCUUUUGGAGAACAGCGCAGAUGAAGUGACUUCUGGGUCUAAAGUGUCUGUGUUGGUGUUCAAAGAGGGCGACAUAAUAAACCUGCUGCGCGUAAUAGAAAACGAAGACGGAUCGUACUCGCCCUACAGCGAGAGUACCAUAUCUCCUCCGUCAAAGUCCUCCAAGAAGGACACUUUGGAGACCUUUCAAAGAUUGGUGGAGGACACUCAGAUGUGCACCAAAUUGGCGAUGAUUCGUAAAAAGAUGGAGGAUCUGAACGAAAAAAGGAAGAGCAGGACCAGAAAAGACGAGGCUUGCACCUCCGAAAUCGACAAAGAUGAUUCAUUUGACAAGUUUUUCAUGGUGGAAGAAGGGAAGAAGUGUAUUUCCUACAAGUUUCUGGAGGAUUGCGCCUCUGGCAUCAUUGAUAAUAUGGAUUUGACCAUAUUUGAAAGAUCAGACGAAGGCAACCAAUCGGAAAGCGAAGAGAUCGCGCUCAAGGACAAACACCGCACCAGGCCCAAGGUCAUCCAGAACCUUUCCAUACCCAAACCGAGCAGUACCACCUCCAAAUCCAUAUACAACGAACGCAAAAACUCUCUAUCCUCGUCCUACUCUCACACGAGACAAAACUACGCGCGCAUCGCCAGGAAAAAGGAAUCUCUGGAACGCUCCGACUCAUCUAAUAGUUCCAGUUCCAGCCAGUACACAGUGUACUCCCGAGAUCGGAACGACUGGAGAAGCAAAUCGGACGAUGAAGAACUGUUAAAUCCGGUUAUAAAUCUGGAAGAGGAUCCUAUUUUGUCCUCGGGAGGAUCCGGGUUUCUGGAUAGUAACUUCGAGCUGGGAUUAGGCCAGGAAUCCAAGAUUUUACCGGAGUUGGCUGCGAGAAGCUUGGGACCUUUAAUCCCGGACAUUUCCAGUAAAAUUACGUCUCUGGAUAACAAGAUGUCAUCCCCCUGGAACAACACAAACCCUUUGCCGAGCCUAAUAUCGAAAAGCAGAGACGGUAGUCCGAUCCUGGAGAUCAACAAUGCCUCCGUGGUGGAGGAAAUGAGCACUAAAUUGGCUGAUCAGUUGCAUUUCCUGGAUGAGGAGGAGGGUAUAGCGGUGGGAGCUAGGAAUAGGGUGCACUUGACGCGAUUGGUGCUUUCAUCGGAGGGGGCGGAGCGGCCGAAAAGUUCGCCCAAUGGGAUUGAACUGGAGGAGAGGGGGCAGGAGUUGUGGGAGAUCAGGGAGCCGGCGGGGGACAGGCUGAAACACAGCGCCACGUGCAAGGUUGGUUUAGUGAAACGCCACCAGGGUGGGUUAGAAUACAACUACGACAGCCUGGAGAACACCCAAACUAACCUCAACUCGGACCUGGGGAAGUUCUCCAAGUCCUCGACGGAAUUCGGCGUGUGUUCCGGUACGAAUUAUUUCGUGCCGCAGUACCUGUCGACGCCCAGCGCCAUACCGCCCCAAUACGCUCCCAAACAGCAGUCCAACUAUUGCGAUCUGUACUUUAGGAGCGAGAGGAGAUCGCCCUUGUACAGCAGAAGAAAUAGGAAAGAAAAUUUGGAGGAAACGGAUUCUUCCAAUAAGGAUAAUCCAUCUCCGAGUAGUUCCGUGGUCGCCGCUAGUAGUUUAAUCAAUGACAGUUCCAGCAUAGAACGGUUAAAGAACGACGAGAGUCAGGUUUGUCCCAAGUCCAAGGAGGAACUGCUCCACGACUUCUACGGAUACUGUAACGAAGGCUCGACCGAUCCGGCGUUACAGAGAGAGGAAGAGAAAAGUGAAGAAGUGAAAUUACCGCCUGUGAUAAAAAAGAAGUCGAGAUGUACGGAGUGCAAUAGGAAAUUAAAUAUAACGAAUAUUUACAAUUGUAGAUGCGGUAGGAUAUUCUGUUCUCAGCAUCGAUAUUCAGAGCUUCACAAAUGCACCUACGACUACAAGACCGAGGGUAGGAAAAUUCUAGAACGUCAAAAUCCUUUGGUGACGGCGGAAAAGAUCAAACGUUUAUAACGCGAGAAGAAGGCACUGCCCCCCAUCAUCAGGAACGCGGAUCCAUGAACACACCGUAUGAAGAAGAGUGCCUCUCAAAAGUAAACAAAAAAAUAGUUUUUUUCCAAUUCGAUUCAACUAUUUUACGCUGUAUUGUCGAUAAUAUAUAAUAUAUAUAAACACACAAAAAAAAUAUAUAUAUUACUAAAAAGUUGUUUAAAGGUUUUUCUCGCUUGCGAUCUACUACUACGCUCGUCGGAUUUUUUUUUUCGUUUAUUUCGUUAUUUUUUCUUUUGUCUUUAUUUUUUCUUUUAGGUUCUUCUUUAUUUUUAGUCGUUCUCAAGCUGUUUCAGACGGUGCACGCAAUCAAAACUUUGUAUUUUCUCAGUUAUAGGUUGUAUAAUAUUUUUUGUUAGCAGUAAUUUAGCGUUUUUAUGAAGAUUAAUGGAAUACAGGAUAGAUUAAGUAUGGAUGAAAUUAAUUUGUUUAAAUUUUGACUUUUUAAGAGAAAAAAAACCGUCAUAGUAGGCAAGAGAAAACGUUUCACUUCGAACUCUACUACAGGGUGUGGCGAAACGUUUGUAAAGAACUGAGUUUUUUUUAAAUUUUUAUUCGGCUAUCGAGAAAAAAUUCUGCAGAAACAAUUCAGCUUUUCUCUUUGAUAAAAUUACAAUAUUUUGUCUUGUAUCUCCGCCACUGGACUAAUUUUCGUACAAUAUAAAUAUUUUGUUGAUGACUCAAUAAUACA